GGAGUUUCCAAACGCCAAGAGGAAUUCGAAACGUAGGAUUCAUGUCUAGUGCAAAACGCAAGCUUUACCGUUUAAUUCAAAAUGCUACGGAACCAUUCACAUUUGAGCCCGACUUGGCUCUGAACUUGGACAUUACGGACUUAAUCAAUCAAGCACAGGGAAAUAUUCCGCGUGAAGCUGCUUUCGCAAUUGUCCGGAAAGUGAAUGAUCGGAAUCCAACAGUAGCUUAUUUAGCCCUGAAUCUUCUCGAUAUUUGCGUGAAAAAUUGUGGUUAUGCAUUUCAUUUGCAAAUCGCUACAAAAGAAUUCCUCAACGAAUUUGUCCGUCGUUUUCCUGAGAGACCACCUUCUCGUUUAAACAAAAUUCAAGUUAUGAUCCUUUCUCUUAUUGAGGAAUGGCGACGAACCAUCUGCCGCACUGAUCGGUACCAUGAAGACCUGGGUUUUAUCCGCGACAUGCACAGACUCUUGUCCUAUAAAGGCUAUACAUUUCCGGAAAUUGCAAAAGAUAACCUUGCUGUAUUAAGUCAGAAAUCCGUGCUAAAAACUGCUGAAGAACUUGAAAAGGAAGACCGUGAUGCUAUGUCUGCUAAACUACAGGAACACAUUCGCCGCGGUACCCCUCAUGACCUUAUGGAAGCCAACAAACUUAUGAAAAUAAUGGCCGGUUUCGACUCUGAACAUAAACGCCGAUACAAGGAACAUGUCUUAGUGGAGCUCGAAAAAGUGAAGCGAAAGGCCUCUCUUUUUGGAGAAAUGCUUAAUGAAAUAACGGAAGCUGAUAAACUCUCUUCGGGCGAUUUGUACGAAGAACUUGCUUAUUCCCUUAAAGCCGCCGUCAUCAAAGUAGAUAAGAUUUUGGAGGAAUUGGAUUCUUCGGAUGACUAUUACAAUAGUGUUAUUGACCUUAAGUCUUUAAUUAUCGCUUUACUCAGCCAGUAUGACCAUCUUUUAAAGGGUGACUUUCACUCUGCACAGAAUACGUCUACCAACGCUCAUGCUCUGCUCCAGUCAACCUCUAACCUUUCCAAGGAUACAAAUGCAAAUUCCAGAGUCAGUUCUGCUCCUGCAUCUCAGUCUGCCAUGGACUUGCUAAUAGACUUAGAUGUUGGUUCGUCUCAACAAUCUGACACUUCAAAUGUUCAGAUACCAUCCAUGAAGAAGAGCAAUCCUUUGUUCGAUUUGUCUGCUGGAGUACCCAAGUCCCUUGAUAGAACUGAAACCCCUCCUGCUGUAGGUGCAAUCUCUCUCUCCGACAACUUUUCAAACAUGUCUUUAUUAUCUCACCAAGCAGAUUCUCCAAACACCACCGUUUCACCUACUACUGUUUUCUCUAAUGAACAUGUAAGGUUCCAAUUAGCGCCUAAAAAGGUUUCUGACGGAAGAUUUGUUAUACUUGCUACUUAUUCCAAUUCCAAUUUUUCCGAAAGUAUCGAAAACUUACAAUCUUUUAUUGCUUUACCCAAAAAGUACUCUUUGGAAUUAAAUCCUCAGUAUGGCACGCGCUUGUCUCCUCUACAACAAAAUGGAAUUCAUCAGGAGAUGUUCGUCUCAAAUGUAUCUACAGAUACUACUGAAUUGCCCAUUCGAUUCAAGCUUACAUAUUAUGUGAAGAACGUUCAACAAGAACAUAUAGGACAAUCGACAGUUAAACUGACUUAGAACAAUUACCAUAGAUUUGAUAUGUGCCCUUGUGACUUAAUGAGAGCUUCUUGUCAUACA